AGGACUUCCUCCCCGAUCGCAAAGUGAAGUCACUUCCCAAAAUUAGCUGAAAAAAAGUUUCAUCCGGUUAACUGUCUCUUUUUCGAUCCGCUACAACAACAAACGUGCACAGGGGAGCGAGGGCAGGGUGCUCACAGGGGGCACUCAGAGAGGGCCCAGGGCGCCAAAGAGGCCGCGCCGGGCUAAUCUGAAGGGGCUACGGGGUCAGGCUGUAACCGGGUCAAUGUGUGGAAUAUUGGGGGGCUCGGCUGCAGAAUUGGCCAAAUGGACGGGACUAUUAAGGAGGCUCUGUCAGUGGUGAGUGACGACCAGUCCCUUUUUGAUUCAGCAUACGGAGCGGCCGCCCAUCUCCCCAAGGCAGAUAUGACUGCUUCGGGGAGUCCUGACUACGGGCAGCCCCACAAAAUCAACCCCCUGCCACCACAGCAGGAGUGGAUCAACCAGCCAGUGAGGGUCAAUGUCAAGCGGGAAUAUGAUCACAUGAAUGGAUCCAGGGAGUCUCCGGUGGACUGCAGUGUCAGCAAAUGCAACAAGCUCGUGGGCGGAGGCGAAGCGAACCCCAUGAACUACAAUAGCUACAUGGAUGAGAAGAAUGGCCCCCCUCCUCCCAACAUGACCACCAACGAGCGGAGAGUCAUUGUGCCUGCAGACCCCACACUGUGGACACAGGAGCACGUUCGACAGUGGCUAGAGUGGGCCAUAAAGGAAUAUGGCUUGAUGGAGAUUGACACUUCCUUCUUCCAGAACAUGGAUGGCAAGGAACUGUGUAAAAUGAGCAAGGAGGACUUCCUCCGAGCCACCUCCCUCUACAACACAGAAGUGCUGUUGUCGCACCUCAGUUACCUCAGGGAAAGUUCACUGCUGGCCUAUAAUACACCCUCCCACACAGACCAGUCCUCACGACUGAAUGUCAAGGAAGACCCUUCUUAUGACUCUGUCAGGAGAGGGGGAUGGAGCAACAAUAUGAACUCCGGCAUCAACAAAAGUCCUCCCCUUGGAGGAGCACAGAGCAUGGGCAAGAACACUGAGCAACGGCCCCAGCCAGAUCCUUAUCAGAUCCUGGGGCCCACCAGCAGCCGCCUAGCAAACCCUGGAAGUGGGCAGAUCCAACUGUGGCAGUUUCUCCUGGAACUACUGUCUGACAGCGCCAAUGCCAGCUGCAUUACUUGGGAGGGGACCAACGGGGAAUUCAAAAUGACGGACCCUGAUGAGGUGGCCAGGCGCUGGGGAGAGCGGAAGAGCAAGCCCAACAUGAAUUACGAUAAGCUGAGCCGGGCCCUCCGAUACUACUAUGAUAAAAACAUUAUGACCAAAGUGCAUGGCAAAAGGUAUGCCUACAAGUUUGACUUCCAUGGCAUUGCCCAAGCCCUGCAGCCACAUCCAACAGAGACAUCAAUGUACAAGUAUCCUUCUGACAUCUCCUACAUGCCUUCCUACCAUGCCCAUCAACAAAAGGUGAACUUUGUCCAGCCCCACCCAUCCUCCAUGCCUGUCACCUCCUCCAGCUUCUUUGGAGCAGCGUCACAAUACUGGACCUCCCCCACUGCAGGGAUCUACCCGAACCCCAGUGUACCCCGCCAUCCUAACACCCACGUGCCUUCACACUUAGGCAGCUACUACUAGAACUUAACACCAGUUGGCCUUCUGGCUGAAGUUCCAGCCCUCACUUCUACUGGAUAUUCUGGACUCUAAAAGAUGCUGUAGCUUUGAAGAGAUAAGAAAACUGGAUGUUCUUUCCUUUGGAUAGAACCUUUGUACUUGUUCUUCUAAAAAUGAUUAUGUGUAUGUUUUUUUAAAAAAAAAGAACUUUUGCUUCCUCUACCUACAAAAGAAAAAAGAAAGAAAAAGAAAGAAAGAAAAAAAAAAAAGAUCCUUCCAUGGGCCAGUCCACCAAUUUGGAUUCUCAACCUCCUAUCAUUGAAUGAGUUAAAUAUUUAGGUUACUGGAACCGGUUAUACCAUGAUUCCGAGAAUGGAGUAUGCAUUUUCUGUAUUCUUCUUUUAUGACCAAAGCAGUUUCUUAUCAGCACACGGGUCUCAUCCUUUUAGGAUAAUGAAUCAUGCAUGGACUUGACCAGGGUUGGUCUGGUUUGAGGCUUUAGUAAAAAUCAAGGUAGGAUGUUUAUAAUCUUUUCUUAGGAGGACUUAAUUCAGCGGAUGGCAACUGGAACACCGGCUGGGAGGCUGGUGAAGUCCCUGCCCAACUGGAAUUUAAAAGAUGUGUGUGUAUGUGUAUAUUUAAGAAGACAUGACUAUUACAAAAUUCCUCCCAAUGGGCCAUAUGCGCUUGGCUGACUGUUCUCUCCAGAAAUAGUCAGAAUAUGAACCAAGAAAGUUUAACACAAACACAGACACUCCUGAAGGACAGUGGACUAAGUAACUUUUUGUUUUUGUUUUUGUGUUUUAGCGACAGUGAGUCCCAGGACUUUGAAAAGUCAGGGGGAUUUCUAAACUCAGACAGAUUCGCAAGCGCUGUGCGCUUGUCAGACCACCAGACCAAGGUCAACCAAUCAGAAGGCAACUUAACUGUAUAAAUUAUGCAGAGUUAUUUUUCCUAUAUCUCACAGUAUUAAAAAGAUAAAUAAUUAAAAAGUUAAAGAGUGAAUAAACGAGUUGACCUCGGUCACAAAUGCAGUUUUACUAUCAAAUCAAUCAUUGUUAUUUUUUUAAAGUAUAAUUUGUACAUCUUUUGUCAAUCUGUACAUUUGGGCAAUUUGUACGUUUUUAUAGCUGGUCUCUCUCUCUCUUUUUUUUUAAAUAAGCAUAAUGUGACUAUUGAUGAAAAGAAAACGGAGUGAAAAGUCACCAAGUUCUUAGGAAGAAAAGCCGUGAUACAGUUAUUUUAACGCGCAUGCCCAAACGAGAGAAAAGAUCCCUUUAGAUCUACAAUGCGUCAGAAAUGUUUGUAAAUAACAGAGCUGCAAUAACCUGAUAAGGACAGACAGACGUCUCCUCGUGCGCGCGAGGAGCUCUCCUGCUCUAUAUAGCAAUAUAUUUUUAGACGUGAGAAUAUAUAUAAUUUUGCAGGUAAUCGUGACUUUUUAAACGAUAUUAAGGGUUAAGCUGACAACUGUCCGAUGCAGACUGAGUUGUAAAAUAAUUUGACCUGAAUAAAUUGUGCCUUCUUCCUUUUCUUCUUCUUUCAGAA